CACGAGCUUACACUGGCCAUGGUUCUAGUGCUUUAUGUUUCCCGAGAACAAAACUGAAAGUGCCUGUAUGCAAACGUCCAGCAAUUGCGCUGCGUGACGGUUUAACGUACAGAUAAGUACGGGGCGGGACGCGGCAGAGGAUCGGACCAGCACACAGUAAGGAGUUUCGCCUGCAGAAAGCCCCGAGUCGGCUUCAUUACAGGAAACGGGGACAAGCCCAGCCUCUGCCAUGCAUAAGUCCGCUCCCGUUGGCCCUCCAGUCUGACACUCAACCGCGUACCCAAAGCUGACGAUCGGGCAAAUCCAGGAGGGGUCCGAUGCAGGUCGGACUGUUGCGGUCGCUUCCUUAAGAUAUUCUUCUUGUCCGAAAGCAGAAGCAGUGAAAUGACUCGGCCCACUUUAUUAUGGACAAUUAACGCGGGCAGCAUCCUCUUCUUUAUUACUCCAAAAUAGUUUUAUUCUAAUUUUAUUUUCAGUUACAAAAAGGGCGUGUUUUGAUUUCGACGAUUACUUGCGCUUCCAAUUUGGACAAGGCACGAGAGGCUGCAGUUUUUAUAUCUUUCCCGGUGUACUGAAUUGAAGAGGAAGAUGAAGGUGACUGUGGAUUUUGAAGAAUGCCUUAAAGAUUCCCCCCGAUUCAGGGCGGCGAUAGAGGAGGUGGAGGGGGAUGUGUCGGAGCUGGAAGCCAAGCUAGACAAGCUGGUGAAGCUCUGCAUUGGGAUGAUAGAUGCUGGCAAGGCCUACAACACAGCCAACAAGCAUUUUGUCAGUGGCAUCCGGGAGCUGUCCCAACAGUCUGCCAAAGAUGAGGUCAUCGAGUCCAGUCUGGCCAAAUUUGCGGAGAGUCUGCAGGAGAUGAUUAAUUACCACACAAUUUUAUUUGACCAGGCCCAGAGGUCAAUAAAGUCUCAGCUCCAGGCCUUCGUGAAGGAGGACCUGCGCAGGUUCAAGGAUGCCAAGAAGCAGUUUGACAAGGUCAGUGAGGAGAAGGAGGUGGCGUUGGCCAAGAAUGCCCAGGCGCCCCGCAACAAGCCCCACGAGGUGGAGGAGGCAGCCAACGUGCUGACAGCAACGCGCAAGUGCUUCCGGCACAUUGCGCUGGACUACGUGCUGCAGAUAAAUGUCCUCCAGUCCAAGAGAAGGUCUGAAAUUCUCAAGUCUAUGCUGUCCUUCAUGCAUGCCCACCUGACCUUCUUCCAUCAGGGCUAUGACCUCUUCAGUGAGCUCCGGCCUCUGAUGAAAGAGCUGGGGACCCAGCUGGACCAGCUGGUUGUAGAUGCUGCCAAGGAGAAGCGGGACAUGGAGCAGAAACACUCCACCAUCCAGCAGAAGGACUUCUCCAAUGACGACACCAAGCUGGAGUACAAUGUGGACACGGAUAAUGGUAUCGCAAUGGAAGGCUAUCUCUUCAAAAGGGCCAGCAAUGCCUUCAAAACGUGGAACAGAAAAAAAGCCACUCACACCAGGCGUUGGUUCUCCAUUCAGAACAAUCAACUAGUUUACCAGAAGAAAUUUAAGGACAACCCCACUGUAGUGGUGGAGGACCUGCGCUUGUGCACAGUCAAGCAUUGCGAGGACAUCGAGCGGCGGUUCUGCUUCGAGGUGGUGUCCCCGACCAAGAGCUGCAUGAUGCAGGCUGACUCCGAGAAGCUGCGACAGGCCUGGAUCAAGGCCGUUCAGAGCAGCAUCGCCACGGCCUUCAGGGAGAAGGGGGAGGAUGCGGAGAAGCUGGACAGGAAGUCGCCCACAUCCACGGGAAGCCUGGACUCCGGUGGGGAGCCACGGGAACGCAGCCUGAAAGGCGAUAGCGCGCUGCAGCGGGUUCUAGCUAUUCCCGGAAACGGCAUCUGCUGCGACUGUGGCCAGGCUGACCCCUGCUGGGCCAGCAUCAACCUCGGCAUCACGCUCUGCAUAGAAUGUUCUGGAAUACACAGGAGUUUGGGUGUUCACUUCUCCAAGGUCCGGUCCCUCACCUUGGAUAGCUGGGAACCAGAGUUACUGAAGCUGAUGUGUGAGCUGGGGAACAGGGUGGUGAACCAGAUCUACGAGGCCCACAGGGAACACCUGGGUGCCAGGAAACCUCAGCCAGGGGACCCCAGGCAAGAGAUCGAAGCAUAUAUCCGCGCGAAGUACGUUGACAAGAGGUUCGUCCGAAAGCCGUCACCCUCUGAGCUGAGGUCAAAGGUCUUGGUCCUCAGCAAGCAGGAAAACCAGCUAAGCGGUAGCCAGGAACACCUGCCCCCGCGGCCGCCCCCAGCCACCCCCGUACUGCGGCCUGCCUCCAGUGCCUCAGUGGUAGCCGGCAGUGGGGAGGCCAGGCGCGACUCUCUCUUCUGUCCUGACGAGCUUGACUCUCUCUUCUCCUACUUUGACACGUCCUCGAAGCUGAGGAACAUUCGGAGUACGGAUAGUGGCUUCCAGAAUACCGCCAAUGGGAGUCGUGAGAUGCUGGCUUCUACGCCCUCUGCCAACAGCCUGAGUGAAGCAGAGGCGGCAGAGGCCCCCCCGACACUGGUGCUGCCAUGCUCGGGCUCUGCCCUCUUCCCGGAACCUGGCGAGGCCUCUCCGGACCUGCAGCUAUACUGGGCAUCCCGCAUGUGCAGCCUUCCCGACAUGGCCGAGGCUCUGGCCUACGGCGCCGAUGUCAACUGGGCCAACUCCGACGAGGACAACAGGACGCCGCUCAUCCAGGCUGUGCAGGGGGGGUCCCUGGUCACCUGCGAGUUCCUGCUCCAGAACGCCGCGAACGUUAAUCAGCCAGACAUCCGCGGGCGUGGACCCCUCCAUCAUGCCACCAUCCUGGGCCACACCGGCCAGGUGUGCCUGUUCCUGAAGCGCGGAGCCAGCCAGAAUGCCGUGGACACGGAUGAGAAGAGCCCUCUCUCAAUCGCAGUGGAUGCCGCCAACGCGGACAUUGUCACACUGUUGCGUCUGGCCAAGAUGAGCGAGGAGAUGCGUGAGGCGGAGGGGCCCUACGGACAGUCAGGGGACGAAAUCUGCGACGACAUUUUCCGAGAUUUCUCUCACAUGGCUUCCAAUCACCCGGACAAGCUGAACCGCUUCCAGCAGCACGACUCCCAACAGCAGUGAAGAUGCCACCUAUGCUGUUAUGGGGGCAGAGCAUAUUGGGGUCUGAAAAGACCCGGACAACAGCAUCACUGCAGAUGUGGGAAGGUUGUGGUUAUUGUCAGUGCCUCUGAGGACUAAGCAUAUUUUAGAUAUUUGUUUAAAAUAUUAUGUAAAUUGUGUUUAACAUUUUUGUGGGGAAAAUAAAUUUCAUAGGGAAGAAAAUGUCGUCGUCCCCCCCAAUUAAAUGGAAAAAUUGAAUAGGAUUUUGCCCAAAUUUGCCUCUUUGCUUAGUGAUUUUAACAUGGCUUUAAAACCGCACCUUAAUCUGUCUGUUUUUAAUUUCCUUGAACAUGUUUAACUUGCUCUUUCAUCUAAAGCACACUGUUGGAUUUAGCGUUUAAUCUUGAGUCUCGACGAAAUAUUGGCAACUCGGACGGAACAAAUCCUGCUGUAGAUUCACUUUUAUUACUGCCAAGUUUAAAUAUUUCCAUUCAUCUGCUUUUGUAAUACUGUAAGUUGGAAUAUUCCUUUGUCUCUUCCUUUAUGUAGGGUGACUGUCGCACCUCGUGUUUCUAAGCCCGCAGUGCAUAAUGUUCGUUAUUCAAGACCCACUGUUGUUUUUAUUUUUUUUUUCCUCCUUUAAACUUAAGUCCCUCUUCUGCAGGGUUGUCUGUCUCAUGUCUGUCACGGAGAACUACAGAUACCUCUGUGUGCUGGAAUGAAGUGUUUAUCCUUUAAAGACCACCAUACUUUUGCACUUUAUUAGACUUUUUUGUUUUUAUUUUGGACAGCCGAAUUUAUUUAGUUUUUUUUUUUUUUUUUUCCAGCAUCUGAGCCUUUUAUGUGUAAAACUGGUAAACAGUCUCGUCCUGUUGCAGGAGCUGCAGUAGCACUAACAACUAAUCUUUGUUUUAAAAGCCACCUGCUAAAAUGGGAAACACCACUGACCAGUGCCGCAAACUGGAACCAAAGCUGUGCAUCUUCUGCGCUCUUGCAGGUCUCCUUUCCAUGGCCAAAGAGGCCUUUCGUGUUGGUCUGUUGCUUGGGGGGGGGGGGCACCCACCAUGAUCCUCAUGCAACGCUGUGAUGCACAAGGUCUGUUGGGAUGUAAAUCAUGUACAUUUUGUACCAAACUAUGAGCAUACAACUGAAAUAAAUAAUAGAGGUACUGGACUGAAAUAAGGUUUUCAGUAUUGCAUUGCUCCAUGUUGUCCUGCAUAAUACUGAGUCUAGAAAUAUUGUGUAUGUAGAACUAUGGACCAUAUUCUACUUCACUUUGUGCCUUUAUAUACAUACAUUGUGUGUGUGUGUGUGUGUGGUCAGAAGCAAUAUCUCCAUUCUUUGGGAGGCCUUUUUUAAUCAGUUUUACAUUAUUCAAUGGAAAGAAUUAUUGCACCCCACCCAAGAAAAAAAAUCUGAUUAUUAUGAAAUGUACUUCUGUAUUUAAAAAGUGUGUAUCACGUUACACUUGUUUACGUGGAACUGAAAAACCUGCAUGUGAAUAAACAGAGUCCUUAGAAACCA